GCGCGGCCGUCUCGGCCGAGCCGCUGCUCAGCUGCGACAAGUGCAGCUUCCGCGUGGCGGACGCCGACGCCAUGCAGCAGCACGAGGCGCGCCACAAGUGCAGGGACUGGAUCCAGUGCAUCCGGUACCCGAUGCCGGAGGCGCCGAGCCAGCGGUCGGCUGAGGCGGCGCGCGGCGACGCCGCCGACCUGCGCCCCGCCUACCCGGGCCUGGCCAGCCCGGGCUCUGGCUUGAGCGCGUCCAGCGCACCUCCCCUGGCGCGCCUGCUGCCGCUGACUGGCGAGCCCAUCUCGCCGUACCGCGGCGACCGCGCCUCCACCAGCCCACCGCCCGAGUACCCGCUCAAGGAGGCGCGUCACAGCCAGCCUCUCGGCGCGCCGCCCGCAGCGGCGGAGGAGGUCGAGGAUCCGGCCUUCGAGCACAUCCGCACGAUGAAGGCCAAGGGGGAGUUCCCCUGCCGGCUCUGCGACCAGGUGUUCCCGAACCUGCGCGCCAUGAAGGGCCACAACCGGCUGCACAUGAGCGCCACGCCGUACGAGUGCAACGUGUGCCCGUUCUCCAGCGGCGACAAGUCGACGCUGACGCGCCACAUGAAGGACCACAACGGCGAGCGGCCGUACGAGUGUCGCAUCUGCAAGUACGCCUUCACCACCAAGGCCAACUGCGAGCGCCACCUCAAGAACCGGCACCAGCUGAAGCUGCGCGAGCUACUCAACGACAACAUGGUGGUGCACCUGUCGGCCGAGUCGUCGCCGCAGAAGCCGGCCGCGCCGCCGGCGCAGUGCACCGUCUGCGCCGUCUGCAACACCGACUUCAAGCUGCCCAAGGUGCUGAAGGAGCACAUGCGCUCGCAGCACGGGCCGGCGGCGCGGCGCGGUCUGGUUGUCUGCACUGUGUGCGAGCUCAACUUCCCCGAGCAGGCGCAGGCCGUGCAGCACGUGCGCAAGCAGCACCCGACCAAGGAGCCGGGACUGGUGCUGCAGGAGCGGCCGCGCGCCGAGCUCGCCUCGGACCUCAGCAGUGUCGAGAGCCUCAUAGACCAGAGCAAGAGGCGUCCGAUGCACUUCCCCAUCCCGCCCACCAUGAUCUCGAUCCCGAGCCUGAUGAAGCGGGAGCCGCCGCCCAUCGUGCCGUUGCGCGCGGUGACGCCCACGCCGCCGCCGGCGCCGGUCGCGGCGCCGCCGCCGCGCGAGCGCUCGCCUUCGCCGGAGGCUGGCGACGAGCCGAUGCCGCUCGACCUGAGCAAGAAGGCGGCCGACGCGCCAUCGCGCCGCGUCGAGGAGCCGCAGAAGCAGGCCGAGCCGGACGCCAAGCUGCCGGCGCUGCUGCCGCCGCCGCUCAACCUGUACAUGCCGUACCCGCACGGCAUGCCGCUGUUCGUCAUGCCGGGCAUGUUCCCCUAUCCGCUGGACGAGCACUGGCAGAGCCGCCUGGGACGCGAGAUGGCGCGCGGCCUGCAGCUGGGCUCGGGCGGCGGCAUAUUGGACCCGCAGAACCAGAUGCACGCUCUUACCUCGGCGCUGUCACUGGCCGCGCAGGCCCACCGCGAGCGCUCGACAGAGGCGGAGCGCAAGGAGGCCGAGCCCGAGCCGCGCUGGUCACCCAAAACGGACGCGCCCGAGCUGGCCGGUCUGGUGACGUCUGGUCGCGAGGGCGCCUCGCCGGACGCGCUGCUCAAGAGCAAGCCCAAGCAGCGGCGCUACCGUACACAGCGACCCUUCUCCUGCAGCUACUGCGAGGCGCGCUUCACGCUCAGCACCAACAUGGACCGGCACGUCAAGAACCACCACCCGGACAAGUGGGAGCGCAAGUCGCGCGGCGCGCGCCGGCCGCCGCCGGGCGCUGCCGACGCCAGCCCCAAGCCGGUGGCGCCGCCGCCGGCCGCCGCCAGCCCCGGCCGUGAGCAGCCCAGCCCUUCCAACGGCUACGUCAGCGACGACGAGAGUCAGCUGGUGAUCGACGAGCCGGCGCCGGCGCGACGCGACGAGGACCUGGCCAGCGUGUCACGACUGGUGGACACAGCGCAGGCGCAGACGUUCCAGCAGUACUUCGGCAGCGACGAGGAGCGCAGCGACGCCGCCGACGAGGGCUCCUGCAGCGGCGACGACGACCCCGAGCGCGCGCUCGAGAAGCGGCGAAGCGCCUACUCGAACGCGCCCAACAAGAUCCCGUGCAAGGUGUGCAAGCGGGAGUUUCCCUGGACGAGCUCACUGAAACGGCACGAGCUGACACACAGCGGCGAGAAGCCGUACAAGUGCCCCCACUGCCCGGUGAACUUCACCACCAAGUCGAACUGCGACCGCCACCUGGUGCGCAAGCACAGCGGCGGCGCCUCGGACGACAGCUACACGAUGCGACAGGUGCCCGAGCGGCCGUUCAAGUGCGCACUCUGCCCCAGCUCGACGUUUUCGACGCAGGACAACCUGGGCCACCACCACGCGCAGAAGCACGCGCCGGGCGCGGCCGGCCCGCCCACGCAGCACCGCUACUGGUGCCACGUGUGCGACGAGCACUUCUUCGACCUGGAGCGCGUCAAAGACCACGUGGAGGCCGAGCACGAGCAGGCCUGGGCCGAGCUGGAGCGCUGCAACGCUCGCUGGGUCUCCGAGAUCGCCGAGGAGGACCAGGGCCAGGACAAGAUCUUCUGCAUGGUGUGCCUGAGCGGUUUCGGCACCACCGGCGAGCUGCGCGAGCACAUGGCGUCCAGUCACCAGGCGGCUCCCGCCGACUUCAGCUGCGAGCUGUGCGGCGAGACGUACUCCUUGGAGCACGCGCUGGCGCAGCACCGGCGGCGGCACGCUGCGCAGGAGCCGCUGCCGGCCGCCGCGACACCAGAGCCGGCCGCCGAGCCGGCCCGGCCCGACCGCGCCAAGAAGAGGGACAAUCUGAACGACAUCAGCGCCCGGCUAAGCGCCGCCUCCAAGCUGCGCCUGACCAAUCAGAGCGCGUCGCCCGAGGCCCCGACGGCCGCCGAGAACGGCGAGUGAUCACAACGUCAGCUGGGCUGCAAUCUCGGGGCCGGCCCCACCCUAAUUGUAUGCAAAUGCGGUCGAGAGGAGGACUGGCGUGGUCGCACCGUACCCGGUCCGGCGGCGCCCCGCCAGCACCCGCGCAGGCUGUACAUACACUUGGCUGGGCCGGGGGCGACGCGCGCGCGCGGCCCGCCGCCCGCAGUCGAGGAACGCAAGCUGGGCUCAUCCGAUGCAUUUUACGUAGACGUGGAUAUGAUCUCAUGCUGAUGACACGGCCCAUUGUGCGCCUCAAACGUUGUAUCAUAAAUGCCGUCCUUUUCAAAUAAUAUCUAUACGAGGGCGUGAUUGUUUCCCUGCCCGUUACAAAGCGCAGGCGCGUGACACCGAUUCAGUUUGUAAACCCCGUGAUAUGUGUCGUGAUUCGUGACACCAGUCUUGGCUGCCUCUUUCUAUUUUCUGUAGUGUGUGGUAGGAAGCGAGUGGUGAUCGCACUGCAUAGCACUGUUGUGAAUGAACUCCACGGCCCUCCACAUUUGCAAUGAAUCGGAGGUGGUGCAUUCCACCGCGUAUGGUGCGCGUCUGUGGUGUUUUUCCCUACAGCCGUACCGUUUUCUGGGAGGCCGUAGUCGGCGCCCAAUAGUCAGCAUUCCACGAGGCCUUGAGAAGUGUCCACAAGUAUUGUCCGCCUGAGUGCCUAUGCAAAUAUUCACGCAUGUCGUAGCAAUAAAUAUGUGUACAGCACGACCCAGCGCCGCAUGUAGCGACACAAAUCCACUUGCAUUCCCCGCCCUUUGCGACAGCGCGAUUGGCUGGAUUUCGGUUUGCAUUGCCCGCCUCCCCCCCCCCCCCUCCCCCCCCCCACCCAACCCUCGUCCGUCGAACCUCGGAUGCGGGUCGCAUGGGAGACAAAUGUCGGCUGCGUGACGCGCAACCGUCGUCCUUUCACUGUGUGGAGUUACGGUGUGCGUUCGCACUUGUCCACGUUUGAACGGUGUGUAUUGCGGUUUGGCUUAGGUACUACCAAUAUUCGUAAUAGGUUGAUGCUUUAGUUCGUAGCCGUGUUUUGGUUGGAGAAACCGUGUAUGCAUAAGCCCCGGCUGGCAUUAUUAUUAUUAUUAUUAUUACCAUUAUUGUGCGGUUAUUCAUGCUAUGGUCAUUCCAAAUAAAGUGUACAA